UGCUCCUACGGAUCACGCGUUUCUUGCAGUAUUGUGACUUUCCGCGGAUCGUCGAGACCUGUGUGGCACCUUGUUCUUGAUAGUGCACAUUCUUGUCGAGUAGUUAUGUCUUGAAGUAUGGCUCCAUGCUGUCUUCGCCUUCCUCCAAGAGCCACGUAAAGUCCUCGUUCGAUGAUGCUAAUAGCACUAAUCAGCUGAAUACCAAGUACGAAGCGAGUGAGACGGGGACCGCGCUCAGUAUGACUGAGAACAUAGUGUUCACUCCACGCGAUGCGAUUCUCGAUGUCGACAUGCAUUGGGAAAUGAACUAUCACAAGGCUGCAAUAUUUUUAGAGGAAGGUAGAAACAAUGAGAAAUUUGAUUCUCACCCAAGGCACCCUGAAGAUUUGCCAGCGUAUCUCUUAGUGCAUAACAGUUGGUACAAUGGAUUAGAUUUACUGACUUCGCUGAUCUUGCUGUCUCUGGCGUUUGUAGAAAAACCUGCUUUGCCAUUGUUUCAAGUACCAGUGUGGAUACACGGUUCAGUGGAAUUGCUCGCCUUAAUUACCAUUGGCGUGGAACUAGCUCUGAAGCUGAGAUGGACCGGUUGGGGACCGAUGCUGAGGCACAAACGUACAAUGCUGAAAUGUAUCACGCUAGCCAUUAUGUUUCUCGAAGCCAUGACAGUGCUGGUACGGCAAUCCUCGCACUUCCGCGUGACGCGCGCCCUGAGACCGAUUUUUCUAAUAGACACGAAGUACUGCGGGGGCGUAAGAAGAUUUAUAAGGCAAAUACUUCUUACACUACCACCCAUCCUAGACAUGUUGGGGCUGCUCUUCUUCUUGAUCACCGUGUACACUGUAAUGGGCUAUUACAUGUUCAGCGAGAUGAACAGGAAUUUUUCCACGUUGCAAGAUAGCUUCGUCAGUCUGUUUGUUCUUCUUACUACCGCCAACUUUCCAGACGUAAUGAUGCCAUCGUAUUCGCAAAACAAAUGGUACGCGAUAUACUUUGUCUCUUACUUGUGCACCAUGCUGUACGUAAUGAUGAACUUAAUGCUGGCGGUGGUGAACGAGACGUUCACGUCUCGCGAGCGCGACAAGUUCAAAAAGCUGUUUCUGCACAAGAGGAGGGCGUGUCAGCACGCCUUUAGGCUGUUGGUCUCCAAACAGAAUCCCGACAAAAUGCGAUUCCGCCAGUUCGAAGGGCUGAUGCGGUACUAUGCUCCAAACAAAUCUGUGCGAGACGUUGUCUUGAUGUUUUGCCACAUGAAUGCAUCGGGAAGCGGCGCGUUAAACUGCGAGGAAUUCUCGGCGAUUUACGACGCCACGACGCUUCAGUGGGACUUGCAGUAUUCCAACAUACCGUGGUACCGCAGCACCUGGUGGCCGCUGCAGAUGCUGUGCACCUGCGCUCACGCCUUCAUUAAGUGGCCGUACUUCGAAACGUUAGUGUAUAUAAUCAUUGCCAGCAACUGUGUCGCUAUGAUAGUAAGGAUCAUAGAACCGAGCAGCGGGCUCGUGGAGUCGGCGCACGAGUUCGCCGCGUGUUGGGACACUCUGCUAUUUGGAGGACUUUUCGUGGUCGAGGCGUUGUCAAAGGUACUAGCUCUCGGCGUGAGACGUUACCUGAGCUCCGGGUGGAAUCUUUUCGAUCUGGGAACGUCAAUAAUGACCCUCGUCGCCGCAUGUGCUCUCAUUUUAUUCCCGUCGGCCACGUUCCUCGUUCUGUUCCGCCCUCUUCGCACGUUGAGAUUGUUUAAGAUAAAGAAACGCUACCGCGACGUCUUCGGUACCUUGGUGAUUCUGUCGCCGCAGAUGUGCUCGACGGCGAUCGUCAUGUUGGUGUUGUACUAUUUCUUCGCGAUCAUCGGAAUGGAGAUGUUCGCGGGAUACGAUAUGCGCAAUUGUUGCAAAAAUACAACCGUUGAAGACUUUUACGAGUAUUCUGUGAACGGCAGCACGGCCCUGGGAUAUUACUACCUGAAUACUUUCGACAAUCUCAUAGCAAGCGGCAUGACACUCUUUGAAUUGACGGUUGUCAACAAUUGGUUUAUACAGAUGAAUGCGUACGCAUUUACCGUGGGCAUGUACACGAGGAUAUACUUUAUGAUAUUUUAUCUAAUCACUAUGAUCGUAUUGACUAUCGUAGUGUCCAGUUUCUUGGAAGCUUUCCGGUUUAGAAUACAAUAUAAAAAAUCGACUUCGAAACACGACGAGGAAAAAAUGCUUCACGAAGAAGUGGAAUUAAAGUGGAACGAGUUGCAAUGCAUAAUCGAAGAUUUCCAAAUUCUGGAAAACCUGCGCAGCUCGUUGGUCGUCGGCGGAAGCACUCUGUUCAUCGGUUCACGGCCACGAACGCGAGAGGUGCUACAGAAGAAAAUGUACACGAAUGAGAUAAACGAGUGGAUAACCGAGGUGAAACUGGAGGAGAAGCAACUCGCACCCAAUGUGAUGCAUAAUGCGGAGGAAGGAAACGAUGACGGUACUUCCAAUACCGAUCACCUUGUAAUGAAUUGCAAUUUGCGACACCAGCAAGACAGCAGUAUACCUACUCGGUAAAGGUAGCGAUGUGACUUAGACCGUAUUCUAAAAAAUUAAUUUAUAACUCCUGCUUGCAUUCACGUAUGUAAGUGCAUUUACUACAUAAUACGUAGUUUAUUUAGACACGACUAUAUUUUGACAAUAGAGAGAAGUAAUGUGUGUAUCAGAUCUUUUCUUAGCAGCCGACAGAAAUUAGGAAAGAUUGAUUAAUUAUUAUCCAGUUUUAAUGCGAGUUACUUCCCUCGUGUAUUCCGAUAUUCUAAACCUAGUCAUGAUCAUUGUAGAAAGAUUUUGUUUUACUUAAGUGGACAAACCUUGUUCACUCAUUGAAGCGCGUCACAAUUAUAUAGUAUAAAUGAUUUACAUACAGUAUAAACGUAUUAAAAAUAUUAAAUGAUAUUAAAUCGGAUCUAGAAUAUCGUUAUUGUAGUCUGAAUGCACGUACUGUGAAAGUGAUUAUUAUGAGAUAUAAAACGCAAUACUCACGUCAGAUCAUAUCAUUUUAAUAUUUAGUAGAAGAUAAAAAAAGCUUAUUUAAUAAUCUGUUUUUUAAAUCAUUAACAAUAUUGUGAAAAAGCUUAAUUUAAGACGCGUCACUAGCGGACUCGAGGACAGAGAUUUGAGACAGCUGUCUCAUUUAUGAAGUUUUUACGGACACAAAAACAAUUUCAGUGAAAUUUGACUCAAAACUCAAUAGAAAAGACGCGAAGAAAAUUAUGCAAAUACCUUUCCUUGAAAGGCAUUUAAUAAAUAUCUUUUCUUAAAUUGUAUUAUAAUAUAUUUUAGAUAAUUUAUAAUAAUGUUAUAACAGACAUCUUUGAUAAUUGUUACGUAUUAUCAGUACAAGAGAAUAUUUUAUUGUUAGUUUAAUCUUUAUAAUGUGAUAAUUUCGAUAUUUAUUUAACAAAUGUAUAUUCCAUUAUUCUUUAAUAUAUGAACAUGUUAUUCAUAAAAUUUCAUUCAUAAAAUUCAUUAUUCUUUAAGAUAUGAACAUGUCACACGUAAAAUGUCAUUCUCCCAUUCAUAAAAUUCCUCCCUUACACCAUUUUGUAAUUGAACUCGUGCUAUUUUUAUAAUACAUUAUUUAUCUAUUUUGA